AUGCCUGGCCCAAUUCGAACAGCUUUGAAGGUCGACCUUAACAAGCCAGCGAAGGACCAACCUUAUUUACAUAACAGAUGGCACCCUGACGUACCAUUCUGUGGAACGAUCAAGAACGGGGAGACCGUGAAGAUUGAAUGCCUCGACUGGACAGGCGGCCAAAUCAAAAACGACGACAGCGCCGAUGAUGUUAAGAACGUAGACUUGACCCAGGUCCACUACCUGUCUGGUCCAUUUGAGGUCGAAACUGCUGAACCAGGCGACGUUCUUCUCGUUGAAAUCCAGGAUGUUCAGCCUUUUCAAGACCAACCAUGGGGCUUCACGGGUGUCUUUCACAGAGACAACGGAGGUGGUUUCUUGGACGAGAUCUAUCCUGAAGCUGCGAAAGCAAUCUGGGACUUUGAGGGAAUUUUUUGCUCAUCACGACACAUUCCCGGCGUUCGUUUCGCUGGUCUGAUCCACCCCGGGAUUCUUGGUUGUGCUCCAUCACCCGAAAUCCUCGCAGAGUGGAAUAAGCGGGAAGCCGAGCUGAUUUCCACCACCAUGCUCGCGCGUGUCGUCGCCCAGCCUCCACAACCCCACAAUGUCCAUGCAGGUUCCGCCGACGAGGAAACCAAAGCUAAAGUCGGGGAGGAAGGUGCCAGGACAAUCCCUGGUCGUCCUGAGCAUGGCGGGAACUGCGAUAUCAAGAAUCUAUCCCGUGGCAGCAAGGUCUACCUGCCGGUCCACGUCAAGGGCGCGAAGUUCUCGGUGGGGGACUUGCAUUUCUCUCAGGGCGACGGCGAGAUCUCAUUCUGCGGUGCGAUCGAAAUAGCCGGAGUAAUCACGAUCAAGUUCGAAGUGAUCAAGAACGGCCAAGCGAAGCUAGGAAUGGUGGGCGGCAAAUCACCCAUCUACAUCCCGGGUCCCGUGCAGCCGCAAUUCAGCCCCGGCCGGAUGAUCUACUUCGAAGGAUUCAGCGUCGACGAGCACGGACAACAGCACUACAUGGACGCCACCGUCGCGUACCGCCAGAGUUGCCUGCGUGUUAUCGAGUAUCUCCGACGAUUCGGGUACAGCGACUACCAGAUCUACCUGAUGUUAAGCUGCAUCCCCAUCGAAGGCCAUGUCGCGGGGAUCGUCGAUAUUCCCAACGCAUGCACCACCAUCGGUCUCCCGAUGGACAUCUUCGACUUCGACAUCUCUCCGUCUGCCGAGCCCAAGAAACUCGAUCUGGGUUCGUGCGCCUACGCAAGCAAGUAA